UGAAACUCUCUGUAUUUCAACUUCCUCCUGCUUCUGUACUGGCACUCUGACACACCCUCAGAAAGAGCACUGGGAGAACAGAAGACCUCACAAUUUAAUGCCUUGAUUUUUAAAAAAGAAUCCUUGCACUCAUAUCUCCUAGCCAUCAGAUGAGGAAUGAGACAGCAAAAGUUCAAAUGGCCUGUUUCACGUUUCUGAUAUAAAACAAUGACUUCUUCAGAAAAUCCUGGAUUUCCAGAGAGAGAGAGUGACUGGUUAAAUUUCUGAAAGAGGACAGUGGCUAAAAGAAGGUAUUGCAUCUCACCCGAGCGGAUUGUGUCUGCGGAAAACGUAAGCCCCUUGCCAGAAGAGCAGCUUCCCAGCAAAGGCAGCGGGUGAAAACAUCAGAGGUCUUAAGACACUGGGGACCUGGAGUCAAAAGGGACCUCCUCCAGGUAAAACGCAGUGUGAGAAAUGGCCUCAUUCGGUGACUGUAAGUGACAGCAGAAAGUUGGUAAGGUGCAUUCAGUAACUAGGGUAUCUACAAAAACUGCAGGAGAAGAUAUAUUCAUUCAUUUUGCUUUCCUUUUGAAAAAAACUUCCUUUUCAUUCUUUGUGACCGGAUGAUAGAAGCUGGAGUUAGUUCUGGCCUAACGGGUAGCACAGUAAAGCGAUUUCCCAAGAUUUCUAUCUGGAGUUCCAGCCAAGUGAAAUAAUUUCCCUAGGAAAAUGAGGAAGUCCUUCGACCCACAGACAUUGGUAGCUCAAGGCCUUUCAAAUAUUCAUUACUUUUAACUACUUUAAGAAAAUGUGUUACUCAUUUAACAGAUUUUUGUUAAGAAGCUAUUAUGUGCUAGGCAAUGCCAGAUAAUGAACAAAAUAUAAAGAAAUUUGUCCUUACGGAGUGCAUAGAAUAAUGGGUGGGGCAGAAAAGAAACAAAGUAAAUAGGUUAAAAUAUAUAAAAUAUUUGCUGCUUGUAAGUCUUAAGUAGAUAAAAAAUGAAGCCAGAAAAGGGAUAGGAAAUGUUGGGAGAUGGGAUAAAGUUUUCAGUAGGCUGGCCAAACAGUGCCUUGCUGACAAGGUGACAUUUGACAAAAGAUGGCAACAAAGUGAGAGAGUGAACCCUGCUGGUAUCCAAGGACAUUCCAGGAAGGGAAAACAAUUGUAGUGGCUGGAAACAGGGGCAGGUGCUUCCUUCAGGAAGCAACGAUGAGGUCAGGUGACUGGGCCAGAUUUAGAGGGAAAAAUAAAAGACCUAAUAUCAAAGGGUUAACAGGGUACCAGGCUGUGUGAGGCCUUGUCAGAUGGAAAGCCACAGACAGGGUUGGACACAACAUUGAUAUGUUAUUUACAUUUUAACAAGGUCACUCUGGCUGCUUUUUUGAGAAGUCCCUGAAGGGAUCAAUAACAGCAAGAGGGAACAUGGCAAGGAAGCUAUUCCUAUAAUCCAAGAGAGAGAAGAGGAGAGUUUGGACCAGGUGGUAGUGGUGAUAGGUAGUCAAAUUCUGGGUAUAUUUUGAAGAUACACCCCAUAGGGUUUGCUCUACAUUGAAUGUGGAAUGCUGAAGAGAGAUAAAGUGUGCCUGCCACAUACUUUUUGAGGUUUAUUUGUUUUCUUAGAAGUAUUUAAGUAUACAAAGAGAUGCUACCUAGAAGGGUAUUCUUUUCACUAUUCUUUCAAAUUUUCUGUGUGUUUGAACAUUUUCAUAGUAGAAAGUUGAGGAGGGGGGGAAUCUGUUUCACAAACAUUUCCUAAGCAGCAGUCCAGUCUAUUGCAUUUUAAUUGGUUGUGAUAUCAUUGUUUUAUGCAAUACGUUCUCAACAAGUAUAUCCUCCGGCAAACUGAACAGGGACCAAGUCUGUUCUGCCUACAGCUCUGCUUCCUCAUAGCUGCUUUCCAGAACGUGAUUUUGGCAAAUCAUCAAGAAAGGGGAACUAAUCUAAGGAAUCCGGAUCAAACAGCCUCAUGAAGACUUAUUUCAUGUUUCUAAUAUAAAGAGAGAAGUUUUCAGAAAAGUCCUGUUUCAGUUAUACAGAGCAUCAGAGCAGAGGUGGGCCUGCUGGGCCGCAGCUGGGAUUCUGAGCAUCCUUUCCUGGAGGUAGGAAAGUGAGUGAGUGAGUGAGUGAGUCCAGUGAGGAAGAAGUUGAAGCUUUGAUAUGAGUAAACAAGUAUCUCUACCUGAAAUUAUUAAAGACUGGACCAAAGAGCAUGUGAAAAAAUGGGUAACUGACGACCUUAAGAUUAAUGAGCAAUAUGGACAAAUUCUGCUCAGUGAAGAAGUGACAGGAUUAGUCCUGCAGGAAUUAACUGAGAAGGACCUUAUAGAAAUGGGGCUACCACGGGGUCCAGCACUUUUGAUAAAACGUUCAUAUAACAAAUUGAAUAGUAAGUCCCCUGAAAGUGACAAUCAUGAUCCUGGACAAGUAGAUCAUUCAAAACCGUCCAAAAGAGAACACCAAAAAGAUCCAAAACAGACCAAAAAGGAAGAAGAAAAUUCAAUGUCAUCCAAUAUUGAUUAUGAUCCCAGAGAGGUCAGAGAUAUCAAAGAACGAGAAUCAAUUCUUGUGAAAGAAAAUGUGUUAGAAGAAGAAGUAGCAAAUGCUAAAGACAAGAAAAAGGGUGAGCUAAAACCUGAACAAUUGACUUGUAUGCCAUAUCCUUUUGAUCAGUUCCAUGACAGCCAUCGCUACAUAGAACAUUAUACUCUACAACCUGAAACAGGAGCACUCAAUCUCAUUGAUCCAAUACAUGAGUUCAAAGCUCUCACAAACACAGAAACAGCCACAGAAGCGGACAUUAAGAUGAAAUUCAGCAAUGAAGUCUUCCGAUUUGCAUCAGCUUGUAUGAAUUCACGCACCAAUGGCACCAUCCAUUUUGGAGUCAAGGACAAACCCCAUGGAGAAAUUGUUGGUGUGAAAAUCACCAGUAAGGAUGCCUUCAUUGACCACUUUAAUCUAAUGAUCAAAAAGUAUUUUGAAGAAAGUGAGAUCAAUCAAGCCAAGAAGUGUAUUCGGGAGCCAAGGUUUGUGGAAGUCCUUCUGCAGAACAAUAUGCCAUCUGACAGAUUUGUCAUUGAAGUCGAUAUUAUUCCAAAACACUCUAUAUGUAAAGAUAAGUAUUUCUACAUUCAGAUGCAAAUUUGUAAAGAUAAAAUAUGGAAACAAAACCAAAAUCCUUCACUGUUUGUAAGAGAAGGGGCUAGCUCUAGGGAUAUCCUGGCCAAUUCCAAGCAACGGGAUAUAGAUUUCAAAGAAUUUUUACAAAAUUUAAAGUCACUGGUGGCAUCUAGAAAAGAGGCUGAAGAAGAGUAUGGAAUGAAGGCAAUGAAGAAGGAGAGUGAAGGACUAAAGCUGGUUAAACUUCUAAUAGGAAACCGAGACUCACUGGAUAAUUCAUACUAUGACUGGUACAUUCUUGUAACAAAUAAAUGCCAUCCGAACCAAAUAAAGCACUUAGAUUUUUUAAAGGAAAUUAAAUGGUUUGCUGUAUUGGAGUUUGAUCCUGAAUCUGCGACCAAUGGAGUGGUCAAAGCUUACAAAGAAAGCCGAGUGGCAAACCUUCACUUUCCAAAUCAGUAUGAAGACAAGACAACUAACAUGAGGGAGAAGAUUUCUGCUCUUAAUCUUUACCAACAGCCCAGCUGGAUUUUCUGCAAUGGCAGAUCAGACCUGAAAAGUGAGAUAUAUAAACCUCUAGAACCACAUUUAUGGCAGAGAGAAAGAGCUUCAGAAGUCAGGAAACUAAUUUUAUUUCUCACAGAUGAAAAUAUAAUGACAAGAGGAAAAUUUUUGGUAGUGUUUCUAUUACUCUCUUCAGUGGAAAGCCCAGGAGAUCCACUCAUUGAAACUUUCUGGGCUUUCUAUCAAGCUCUCAAAGGAAUGGAAAAUAUGUUGUGUAUCUCUGUGAAUUCACAUAUUUAUCAACGAUGGAAAGAUCUACUACAAACAAGAAUGAAGAUGGAAGAUGAAUUAACAAACCACAGUAUUUCCACAUUAAAUAUAGAACUGGUAAACAGCACUAUCCUUAAACUAAAAUCGGUGACUCAGUCAUCAAGAAGGUUUUUGCCCGCCCGUGGAUCUUCUUCAGUUAUCCUAGAGAAAAAGAAAGAGGAUGUCUUGACUGCACUAGAAAUCCUCUGUGAAAAUGAGUGUGGAGACACAGACAUCGAGAAAGACGAAUCUAAAUUCCUGGAGUUUAAGAAAUCAAAAGAAGAACACUUUUAUCGAGGUGGCAAAGUAUCCUGGUGGAACUUCUAUUUUUCUUCUGAAAACUAUUCUUCAGAUUUUGUUAAAAGGGACAGUUAUGAAAAGCUUAAAGAUUUAAUACAGUGCUGGGCAGAGUCUCCUAAACCAAUAUUUGCAAAAAUCAUCAAUCUUUAUCAUCAUCCAGGCUGUGGGGGUACCACACUGGCUAUGCAUGUUCUCUGGGACUUAAAGAAAAACUUCAGAUGUGCUGUGUUAAAAAACAAAACAACUGGUUUUGCAGAAAUUGGAGAGCAAGUGAUCAAUCUGGUCACCUAUGAGGCAAACAGCCAUCAGGAUUACAUUCCUGUGCUCCUCCUUGUGGAUGAUUUUGAAGAACAAGAAAAUGUCUACUUUCUACAAAAUGCCAUCCAUUCCGUUUUAGCAGAGAAGGAUUUGCGAUAUGAAAAAACAUUGGUAAUCAUCUUAAACUGCAUGAGAUCCCAGAAUCCAGAUGAAAGUGCAAAAUUGGCAGACAGUAUUGCACUAAAUUACCAACUUUCUUCCAAGGAACAAAGAGCUUUUGGGGCCAAACUGAAGGAAAUUGAAAAGCAGCACAAGAACUGUGAAAACUUUUAUUCCUUCAUGAUCAUGAAAAGCAAUUUUGAUGAAACAUAUAUAGAAAAUGUAGUCAGGAAUAUCCUAAAAGGACAGGAUGUUGACAGCAAGGAAGCACAACUCAUUUCCUUCCUGGCUUUACUCAACUCUUAUGUCACUGAUUCUACAAUUUCAGUUUCACAGUGUGAAAUAUUUUUGGGAAUCAUAUACACUAGUACACCCUGGGAACCUGAAAGCUUAGAAGACAAGAUGGGAACUUAUUCUACACUUCUAAUAAAAACAGAAGUUGCAGAAUAUGGGAGAUACACAGGUGUGCGUGUCAUUCACCCUCUGAUUGCCCUGUACUGUCUAAAAGAACUGGAAAGAAGCUAUCACUUGGAUAAAUGUCAAAUUGCAUUGAAUAUAUUAGACGAGAAUUUAUUCUAUGAUUCUGGAAUAGGAAGAGACAAAUUUCAACAUGAUGUUCAAACUCUUCUGCUUGUAAGACAGCGCAAGGAGUAUGGAGAUGAAACAGACACUUUGUUUUCCCCAUUAAUGGAAGCUUUACAGAAUAAAGACAUUGAAAAGGUCUUGAGUGCAGGAAGCAGACGAUUCCCCCAAAAUGCAUUCAUUUGUCAAGCCUUAGCAAGACAUUUCUACAUCAAAGAGAAGGACUUUAACACGGCUCUGGACUGGGCACGUCAGGCCAAAAUGAAAGCACCUAAAAAUUCCUAUAUUUCAGAUACCCUUGGUCAAGUCUACAAAAGCGAAAUCAAAUGGUGGUUGGAUGGGAACAAAAACUGUAGGAGCAUUACUGUUAAUGACCUAACACAUCUCCUAGAAGCUGCCGAAAAAGCCUCAAGAGCUUUCAAAGAAUCCCAAAGGCAAACUGAUAGUAAAAACUAUGAAACCGAGGAAUGGUCACCACAGAAGUCCCAGAGACGAUAUGACAUGUAUAAUACAGCUUGUUUCUUGGGUGAAAUAGAAGUUGGUCUUUACACUAUCCAGAUUCUUCAGCUCACUCCCUUUUUCCACAAAGAAAAUGAAUUAUCCAUAAAAACUAUGGUGCAAUUUUUAUCAGGAAAAUGGACCAUUCCUCCUGAUCCCAGAAACGAAUAUUAUUUGGCUCUUAGCAAGUUCACAUCCCACCUAAAAACUUUACAAUCAGAUCUGAAAAGGUGCUUUGACUUUUUUAUUGAUUAUAUGGUUCUUCUGAAAAUGAGGUAUACCCAAAAAGAAAUCGUAGAAAUCACGUUAAGCAAGAAAGUCAGUCGUUGUUUCAGGAAAUACACAGAACUUUUCUGUCAUUUGGAUCCAUGUCUAUUACAAAGUAAAGAGAGUCAAUUACUCCAGGAGGAGAAUUGCAGGAAAAAGCUAGAAGCUCUGAGAGCAGAUAGGUUUGCUGGACUCUUGGAAUAUCUUAAUCCAAACUUCAAAAAUGCUGCAACCACCAUGGAAAUUAUAGUGGAUGAAUAUGCCUUCCUACUGAAGCAAAACUCAAAUAAGCGCAUGACAAAUGAGAAACAAAAUUCCAUUUUGGCCAACAUUAUUCUCAAUUGUCUAAAGCCCAGCUCCAGAUUCAUUCAACCACUUACCAUACUAAAAAAGCAACUCCGAGAGGUCUUGAAAUUUGUAGGACUAAGUCAUCAAUAUCCAGACCCUUAUUUCUUGGCCUGCCUCCUGUUCUGGCCAGAAAAUCAAGAGCUAGAUCAAGAUUCCAAACUAAUAGAAAAGUAUGUUUCAUCCUUAAAUAGAUCCUUCAGGGGACAGUACAAGCGCAUGUGCAGGUCCAAGCAGGCAAGCACACUUUUCUAUCUGGGCGAAAGGAGGGGUCUCAACAGUAUUGUUCACAAGGCCGAAAUAGAGCAGUACUUUGAUAAAGUACAAAAUACAAAUUCCCUCUGGCACAGUGGGGAUGUGUGGAAAAAAAAUGAAGUCAAACACCUCCUGUGUCGUCUAAAUGGUCAGGCUGAAGGCAAGCUAAUCUCUGUAGAAUACGGAACAGAGGAAAAAAUUAAAAUACCAGUAAUAUCUGUUUAUUCAGGUCCACUCAGAAGUGGUAGGAACAUAGAAAGAGUGUCUUUCUACCUAGGAUUUUCCAUUGAAGGCCCUCUGGCAUAUGAUAUAGAAGUAAUUUAGGAAAAUACAUCAACUGUAGUUCAAAUACGUUUAUUUAUAUCUUUAUGAUUUUAUUCCCUCUCUCUAUUCUCAUGGCAUUUUCAUGACAUUAUUGGCUAACCUCUAAUCAUAGAUUUUGCUUUUGCUUCCCUGAAAGAAUUGUAAGCCUUUAUGAGAUAUGAAAUAUGCCUGCACACAGAGCUUGGCACACAGUCAAUCGUUUAAUGUUUUAAAUAUGCAUUUUCAGACUCAAAUAAUGAAGAAGUUUCAUUGGUAUCCACUGGUCACAUCAUAACUGGUUAUAGGGCAAUAAAAUAUGUGUUAAAUUCAAUUGCCUUUAUACGUUUUCUGAAUUAUUUCUUCACUGUGACAGCAAAGAUUUAAAUAAGAUGAAUGUAAAAGAGAAAGCUUAUUGGACUCAAACCCACAGAUGGACACCAGAGUUCCACUUACCUCAUCUUGGUAUCAAUAAAAACUCAUGUGGAAGGUAAAUAUGUUGCUCCCCAUCCUCCAUAUAACACUUUCUCCAACACACACACACACACUCCUUGUACCCCUUGCCCUUCUCCUAGCUCAUGGCUUCAGGAGAGAGAAGAGUUCAAAAAAUAAAGCAAUCAUAAACUUGAACUCUCUCCAUUCUCUUCUUCCCAUUUACAGGAGAAUCUCUUCCUUUAAGCCAUUUUUGUCUCCUGUGAAUACAGCCUUAUCUCCACCUCUUCCUUAGAUCCCAUCUCUCCUGGCUUCUUUUUUCCAUUCAUUACCCUCUUUGUUCCCUUUACUUCUCAACCUGUGCUAUACACGUGCUGUUAUCUCUGUUGAGAUUGCCUUAUUUCCAUUUAACAUUCUCUCUCCUGCUAUUCUGAUUUGUCAUUCACAACUGAGUUCAAGAGUCAUGUCCACCAGGAAGUCUUCCAAGACCACCAUCAUUCCUGACUGAUUAGAGGGCUUCCUCAUGGUAAUAUGUGUUCUCAAGUUUUCAGUGUCAAGGAAUGCCAUUCCAGACACUCAUUCUCAGAUGCACAACAGCCGAAGAGUCUCAAGCAGCAUUCAAUAGCUUGGAAUUUAAGAGCUGUACAUUGCCUAUAAAGUGAAACAUAGGCUAAUAUAGAUUAAAUUGAAUAUUGAAAUAACAAAUAUGUUUACUUAUCC